GAAUGGCUUUCGUGACUGUCAAGGUUAUGCUUAUGUUUAGCCGAAGUUGUUGUUUACAAAUCGAAAAUUGUCCCUUGAUUGUAUCUGUUGCCGUCAGUUUUGUGUAUGCAAACAUAUUUGUCAUUACAUUGAAUUAAAAGUUGUUAUUCACAUGCAUAUACACCUAACAAUUAAUAUCCUGUAAUAAUUCUCAUUCCAUUAUAACUCGAGUGUUGAUUUUAUAGUCUCGUAACUGUAAAAAAAAUCGUAGCAAACGCAGCCGGUAAACACAUGACCUGCAGGAAACUCCAACCGUCACGGUCUAGCAGUUGGACAACGUAACAGGAUUGUCAAGACUGUACAUCAGAUGAAUCGGUACUGAGAAAUGGCCAAGGAAGUCUCUCAUGAGAUUUUUCCACCAAGGGACAAUUCAGAACUCCAUAGUCAACAAAAGCAUGGGAACCAAGAUAUGCCUCCAGCACUUGUGAUAAUGAAAGCUUUGAUAUAUGAGCACCAUCAAAAGCUAGCUCCCAUAGAAUCAAAAUUAAAAGAACUCUUGCAGAAUCAGCAAGUUUUAGUUGAAGGGUUGCAUGGGGAAAAUGAGAGAUACAAAGAAAUGGAAGCUAACUUCAGUUUAUCAUCAUUGUUUGCUGAAGUUUCCAUGUAUUCCCAGAAACUCAGAUUUCUGAAAGGAGAGAUGAAUAAUAUUUCUGACCGUACAGUGCGUUUGAAGAGGAGGGCAAUGAGGUUGCAACAGCAACAGCAACAGAAGGCUUUGAAAUUUGAACAACAAAGAGCCCAGCAAGCAGAGCGUGAGAAGUUCCUUAUUGCGCGACCAGUGUGGGCAUCACAAGAAGAUGAAAAACAUUAGGCGUAUAUUUAAAAAAGGGGGUAAAAUCGGUUCAGAACCGAUCAAAUUCUGGCAUGCCUGUUUGGAAUGUGCCAGAAUUUGUUGCUCUGACACAUCUAGUCUGUCUAAUUUACACAGUAUAUGUAUAAAUCUCAUGAUGUAUGUUGCCUUCUGAUUUUC